CAUUGCACGCCACAAGAGGAGGAGGAUGAGGCCAGGCUCGCGUGCAGGGUGAGUGGGGCCCUGGCUGCAUUUCACCUCCAGACUGUCUAGCAACACGUCAGGCGCUCCGUGGGCAGGAUGGCGAGGAACAGAGGAACUAUUGGCCUGAACACAAAGGAGGCUUCAGGAGGCAUGCAGCGCGCCGGCCACGAAAGCUCCUUCACGUAUGAUAAGGACUUCGUAAAGAAACGCACCGUAGCGGACAUGACUGACUUGAUGUGCCAGGAAUCCACAGCUCACGGCAUCGGUCACACGUGGAACAACCGCCGAAACCUCCUGGGAGUGUUCUGGUUCCUGGUGACCGUCUCCCUCUCCGCCUUGCUUCUCUACGUUGCCAUCACUCUCUGCUUGGAUUUCAUGUCGCGGGAGGUUCAGUCGCAGACGGCAGUGAAGCUCAAGGGUGACCACGGGCUUCAGUUACCCUCAGUGGUGUUGUGUAACCGUGCCUUCUUCUCUCGCAGGAAACUGGAAGCAAUGGGGAUCAGCAGCAGCUUGACUCACUACCUCGUCGCCUCCGUCGGCUCCACCUUCGUGCUGCGCGAGACUCAGAGCGGGUCAGACCGGGCCAUGUUCUGGGAGGAAGGACACGCAGAGCUACAGCGCAUUAUGGCUGACAGAAACAUGACCUUCGCUGACCUUAUCCAGGCUGUCUCCUACACGUGUCAAGAGAUCAUACUGCAGUGCAUCAUCGGGGCGCGCCGUCUGAACACCGCCGAAUGCUGCUCAGGGUUCACCAGCGCGCGGACUAUGACAGGAGUGUGCCACGUGUACCUCGCCUCUGCCGCCGACGCCCAGCCCGCGGAGGGAGAACACAUGGGGCUGUCCUUCUACAUCAACAUUACAAGGGAUGACUGGCCUGAUCUGGACCCUCGCAUCCUGGACGUCUCCCACACUGCUAAGGUUGGGCUUCAGGCAACACUCACCAGCAAUCACACGCACCCCGGCCACGUGGUGCUAGGGAAGGGCGCCGUACUGCAGCCUGGCAUCCUCACCUCUGCCACCGUCACCCUUACUGUGGUGCGGGACAUCGGCAUCAAGACCAUGCUGGACCUGUCUGAGUCGCAGUGUCUGCCGUUGGCUGGCAUGCAACCAUUACCAGAACUCCAAAACUUCCUCGACACGGAACCCAACUGUGACCUUCGCGCCACUCGCUCCUGCCUCCGUAGAUUUUGCAACUGUACUCUCUACUCCCUGAGCAUCCCCGGCGACAAAGUCCCUCUGUGCGUGCUGGUGGACAAGAUGCACUGCCACGGGUUGCUCCGCCGCGGCUUGGUGGAAGACAGCCUCCCUGAAACCAGUAGCUUCGCCCUCAAACCGAGGUCCUCCGCCGAGAUAUGCCUGGCAGAAGCCCGGCGUGGGUGUAGGCGUCUGUGUGAGCGGCACGACUUCACCUCAGCCACCAGCCACCUGCCCGUGCCGCCCUCCCUCUACCAACAUCUCGUGCAGCAGUUCUCUCUCUCCAACGGGAGCGACAUGGCUAUCUUGACGGCCUUCUACCCUGACCUUCGCUACACGGAGGUUAAGAUCUGGCGCAAGAACCUCCUGCAUUUCUUCUGCACGCUCGGGGGCUACACUGGGCUACUCCUCGGCUGCUCUAUCGUCACCUUCUUCGAGUUCUUUGUUUACAUAGGACUCAUCAUUGCGGUCGUGUUCAAGAACCUCAGGGCAAGUCAGCAGACAGUCCAUCCAGCCACCAAGGUCUUUCUCAAGGACACCCACUGACUGGUCUUCUCAUCUUCCUAUACGAGUGAAAAGCAAAGACUUGUUUUAAUACACACAGAUGAGACAAGGACGGUUUUCUCUCCAUCGUUUCUUUUUUAUGACAUAUUUCCCUUAGUUGUGUGUGUGUGUGUGUGUGUGUGUGUGUGUGUGUGUGUGUGUGUGUGUGUGUGUGUGUGUGUAUAGAAUGAAGCCACCGAGAGAUCGUUACUAGGGUUCUUAUGGUUAUUUUUGUCUUAUUCGUAAUGCAGAAUCCUUGUUGAAUUGUUGGGAUCCUGAAAGUCUAGAAAAUCGUAAACUUCAACAAAGCCUGGUGAGAGAAAAUGAGAUGGGAAGCCGAUAUGUGUGAGAAUCCAGUUCCCUGUUUUUUGUCUUGUCACGUGUUUCACCACAGCGAUCUCAGGACACUUGUGACAGCCACUGCACUGCUCAUGUGACGAAACACCUGUAAUACUUCAUAAACACCUGUAACACUCAUAAACACCUGUAACACUUCCAUAAACACCUGUGAUACUUCAUGAACACCUGUAACACUUCAUAAACACCUGUAACACUUCAAAAACACCUGUAACACCUCAUAAACAUCUGUAACAGUUCCAUAAACACCUGUAACACUUCCAUAAACACCUGUAACACCUCAUAAACACCUGUAACACUUCCAUAAACACCUGUAACACCUCAUAAACACCUGUAACACUUCCAUCAACACCUGUAAUACUUCAUGAACACCUUUAACACUUCAUAAACAAACCAGAAACAACACAGAGAUGAACACAAACGAAAUACAAAACAAAUCAACGGACUUUUAAGAAACUUGAACCAUGCUUUCUUUCAUUCACCUUCCAAAAACGAUAUGCUUAUUUGGAUUUUAUUAUAUGUGUAUUUAUUCAUUUAUUCCUGCGUCAGAUGGCCAUUCCUUGACACACGGAGGUUAAAAGUACAUGUGACUUAUAAUAUCACCAGGUAAAAGGUACUAAUAACAGGUAAUUACGUUGAUAGUUUAAGUGUUUAGGGAGGUAGUGGUGGUGGUGAUGGUGGUGGUGGUGGUGGUGGUGGUGGUGCAGUGGACACAAGGUAAUUUCAAAGAGCAACAGCCAUUUACGUCCUAACGAGGCUGUUUGAUUUUAGUGCACCAAUCUACAUUAAGUAUUGCAUAACUAUAGUGACAGUACAAAGGAACAGAAAGGAGUAGUUUGUGGUUAGUUAUUUAUUAUUACUGCAUUGCGUGUGUGUGUGUGUGAAUGUUUGUUAGUAUGGUGAUUAGGUGUGUGUGUGUGUGUGUGUGUGUAAAGGUGUGUUUCUUUAUUCGCCUCUGUGACAUGAAGUUCGAUAGUUACCCAUAAUGACUGUCCUAUUAAGCAAUACAGAGGAUACUGAACAGUGUAACAAUGUGGGUGAAAGUGCUGUGUAGUGUGAAGAGGGACUAUACUAAUGGUG